ACUUAAACCGGAGUUAGGAACACUUCGUAACAGGAAAGAUGCGCGUAAGGUAUACCGUGCGUUAAUAUGUGGUGACAACACUCGAUGUUCCUCACAAGCUCCAUCAGUUUGGUCAAAUUAUAACGUUAUGUCCUUAAUUUCUCUAUGUGAGAUGAAUUUUUGAGAGUGAUCUUUUCUAAGCCUUAGUUUAAGCACCACAUGUACUUUGAGUUACGGUAAUUAGAAAUGCUAGUCAGUCAAUUGGUUGCCAUAUCAAAUGGCUAAAGAUGGACACCGACUUUGCAUCACCUGAAUGUAUGCAUAAUAUGUUCAGAUAUGUACAAUAUAGUCUAAAGGUAAGAGACAAGAUGCCCCUUUGAUAUUAUCAAAUGAAUGCAAUUUUAGUUCCAGAAAAUUUCCAUAUUUCUUAGACUUUCAGCUGUAUGGUAGAGUGCUGUUCAUUUGGUAUGACAUACAGAAUGGUAUUUAAUCUUGCAAUACAAAUGGGACAAAGGGAACAAACAACAUAUUAUUAUGAGGAUAACUUCAUGGACUUCCUGUCCUGCUCGGCACAUAAUGAAAAACUUUCCAAAGUAAUGGGUCAGGGUCGACUUCUCCAAGAAAAAGUACAUCAAGAAGGUGGAGCCCUCCACCAACCACAAAUGGAACAACCCCCGCUUGUUCAACGGGUCCAAAUUCUGCAUGCAGUCCGUGGACAUGAUGGAGAAAGAUGAAGAAGGGAACAACCUUGUGACAUUCCGCAUUGGUCUGACGGACUAUCGCAAAGAUGAUGCAAGAUGCACAGCAAAACUGUGGAGACCCUAAUGGUACCUGUCCUAACCUGUAGGUAUUGGGACUGUAGUUAUCACAAUAGUCUGUGUAACGCAAACUUAUCUGGAGCUUGUAGGCAAUGUAGGAUGGGCCUAAGAAGUGUGAUUAAUUCAGGCUAUUAUCACAAGUGAUGAUGACUAUUUGGUGAUGAUGCGGCGGAGUAGCUGUCAGAGAGCCCAGGACUGCUAAACUCACCAGGUCAGGCAGGCAUGCAGAGCCGGAGGUAAAACCAUCUCAACAUACGGUUAAUUCAGAGAUCUAUCAUCAGUCUCAACACAAAAUACACAGUAUCAUUGUAUACUAGAUGGCAUUUCAAAUAGAGUAUGACUUGAAUUUUAUGAAUGGCUUUCCUAGCCAGAAGAAAACAUAGUUUUCAAUAUUCCUGUACAAACUGAAUUCCUCUGUGGGAGAUAAAUUCAUCUUUCUCCCUAGCUAUGGAAGAAUAGGGGUGUGUUUGUUCCAUACCCAAAUAAACAUAGAUUUUCUGAGUGUGAUAUAAAUGUGGUAUGUUUCAGCAUUUUGAUAGUGUUACUUCAGUGAUGAAGAACAAUAGUAUAGCUACUAAUUGUUGUUUCUAAUAAAUGCCUUGAGAUAACACACUGAAGUAAAGAGUUUGAGUAUAGACUGUACAUAAUGCAAUGUAGUGAUGUGGCAUUUUUCGGUACCCUUGGCAAAAUAGAAAUCUGUGUUCUCCAGCUAUAUGGUCAGCAGCACUUUCAAACUGCCAAUAAAGUUUAAUUUAACCCUUUGUUUAAAAACACGAUCUCACUAGUAGGAAAUAGUUCAGUACAUGUCUCAGCACUUUCAUACAUUUUCCCACGGAGUGUAUGCUUGAAGUGUUGUGUGAAUGAGCAAAUGGCCCUGAAUGAAAAGGGUUUGAUUGUUUUUAAUUGUGGUGUGGCUCCUGACAGAACAAUGUUUUGCCCCCAGUCGCCAAGCGUAGCCCAAAAUCAACACAGACACUUACUCUGGAGUUUAUACACUGCUCAAGAUGACGCAUAACAUUCCCCUCUACCUGUACAGUAUAACAUUGUGUGCCUUGCCCACAGCAAGUCUAUUUGCUAUGUGGUACAAAAGCCUGAACCAGAGGAUAGUAUGGUUGGGGUUAGUACUGUUGUCAGUUUUUGUGGAUCAUGGGAUUGAAUGUAUAGGGUGAACCCCAUUCUUUGAAACGUCACAUUAGUGUGUCUUUGGCAUGGUCGAUUAGGUUUAUCUAACAGGAAAGUCAAACAAGCCAUACAUCAACAGUCAAUGGAUCAUGUAUGUAGUUCGAUACGAAAAAAGGGACACAACUUGUCAGUAGGACAAUAACCUGGUUGAAGCUUAUCAGCAAACACCCUAGCCUGUCUCCAUCUCAAAUUUGUGUUUUCAUUUACCUACUUCAUGCAAUUUAUGUCGAUAGUAAGAACUUUGUUCAAAUCUACUGUGCGUGCAGUGUCUUGGGAUUUCACGAACGAAAAUGACACACCUGAACGUAAAAAGAUUCAUCAUGGUCAGUAACUCCGAAUUCCACGAAAUGAUGAAAUAUAUAUUCACGAUUAAGGGUCAAUGACAUUUUAGAUGUAGUAGCAGUACAAAGGAUGGUAUUUUCCCAGAAGGGUUGACCCACACCUUGUCGGUAACAUCCGGUAGUGCCCCGGCUGACUCGACUCACCUUCGUGAUGGUUCAAUGGAAGUCAACAUACGCACAAUGACGUCAUUGUUGGAAUGCGCUGAUGCGCUAUUUAGCUCAUUUGGAUCCCAUGAGGCGAAAACAACGUGCACAUUUCAGUAAUUAUCAUGGAGACCUGUUAGUCAGGUCUACUUAGUGCGUAAGAAGUACAACUGGAUUUUUACAUAACACAGCUCUAGGGAAACAUUUUGCUCUGUUUUGACUACAGUGAGAUAGAAUUUGAGUGCAAUACAACAGAGACCUUGCUGGCGGAACUCUAUUUUGUCUGACAGUCUCCGGACCUGUCACCCGUGGGCGGAUCUUCUUUGGUCGGGUGGUUUUGACGCUAAUCCUGGCAUAAUUAGCGACUUACGUCAUUGCCCAGGUCAUUGUCCGUAUAUUGGGUGGUGUACAAAGUGGGCGGAGGUCAUUUGGCAUUUUACUUCUGUGUACUGUGGUAGUUACAACUGCUGCGUAGAAACCGAUCGUCUGAUUCCUACCAGUGCCGUGCUGCUUGAGUGUAGUUUAAUGUGUACCCCAGUAGUCAUGAUGGCAGGACGGAGACGAUCCAGUGGCGGGAAACUGCCAGUAUGCAGAAUGACGUCUUCCUCCACGCCGAACGGAACGAAAGGAACAACAUAUUACGAGGAUGACUUCUUCAUGUUCCUGUCCUGUGGAGCGCGUGAUGGCCUCCCGAAGUCACGGGUCAGGGUCGACUUCUCCAAGGAAAAGUACGGCAGGAAGGUGGAGCCCUCCACCGAGCCUAACAUCGCCCGCUCCUGGGAGGACCACAAACGGAACAACCCCCGCUUGUUCAACGGGUCCAAAUUCCGCAUGCAGUCCGUGGACAUGUUGGAGAAAGAUGGAGAAGGGAACAACCUUGUGACAUUCCGUAUUGGUCUGACGGACUAUCGGGACUUUAUGGGCACGAAUAUGAGCAGGGACGCGGGUUACUUGAUGCAGAAGGGACGACAGAGUUGCGGGGACCCCCACGCCUACCUGUCCCAGCCCGUGGGGGUGGGGUCCAUGAUCAUCACCAGUGAUGACCAGGUGGUGAUGAUGCGGCGGAGUAGCUGGGUGUCAGAGGGACCGGGGCAGCUGGACCGGCCGGGCGGACAUGCCGAACCCAAGGAAGUGGCCAAAAGGUGCGGCUCGGACGAGUUCACAAACGACGCUGUGUUGGAUGAGCUGUUCGAGUCGGUCAUCUGUGAAAUUCGUGACGAGAUCAACAUCCCCGAGUCCUUCCUCAGUGAACCACGUCUGCUGGGCGUCAACGGAAACCACAAGUCAGGCGGGCGGCCCAGUGUCGAGUUUAUUGUCAGGUAUGCUUCAUCAGUUCAUCUUAAGCCAAAUAUUAUAUUAUUAAGAUAAUGUUCAAACGCAACUGUCAAAAAAGUGACAAUAAAUAUUUCCAAAGCCUCGUUGAGAGCGAUGAUUUCUUCAGAUGUUCAAACAGUUUGAUGAUAAAGAAU